AUGCAAUCAAUUAUUGGGACAUUGAUCGGUACUGAUAAUCUUCUAAUAAGUGAAAAUGAAACACAUGCUCAAUGUCGCCGAUUGAUAAGUCCCGUAUUUCAACAUCAAAAUCUUAAUUCAAUGAUACCAAUGAUGAUCGAAAUAACAUCAAAUGUUCUCGAUAAAUGGGCACAAUGCGUCGAUACAACUGAAAACAAGAUGGCCAUUAUUGAUGUUCGUCAAGAAAUGGCAUUUCUAACAUUGAGUAUGAUAUCUGGUUGUGUAUUUGGAAAAAGUAUUUCAAAAGAUAAAGAUAUACAUGAAAAGAUGUAUCGCAAUGUAACAGUCGUACUUAAUGAACUUGAACAACGGCUUUUUCAUAUGAUCGCUAUUCUUCCAUUGAUCAAUCGAUUACCACUUCCAAGUAAACGGCGUAUUGACAAAUCAAUGCAAAAUCUUCGUACAAUUGUCGAAUCUAUCAUUAAUGAACGAAAGAAGGGCUUGACAAAAUCAACUGCAAAAGGGCCUGAUUUACUCGAUCAACUAUUGACAAGUCAUGGACAGAAUCAAACAAAUCAGGCUACUGUUGAAAAAAUUUACGAAGAAGCAUUAACAUUCAUCAUUGCCGGUCAUGAGACUACAUCGAACUUAAUGGUAUGGACUUUAUACAAUUUGGCAUGUCAUCCUGAAGUUUAUCGUCGUUGUCAAAAUGAAAUUGAUUCAGUUUUAAAUAAUGACGAUGCAAUAGAUUCUUCAACAAUUUCCCUUCUCAAUUACACAGAAGCAGUAUUAAAAGAAUCAUUACGACUUUAUCCAUCAAUACCUCUGUUACCUCGUACUGCAAUUAAAGAUAAUACUCUUGUAACAAGUGAUGGAAAACAUAUUCGGAUUAGCAAAGGAACUGAAGUUAUUGUCAAUUUGUAUAUGCUUCAUCAUUCAGAAAGUCAUUGGUCGGAUCCGGAAAAAUUCGAUCCAUCUCGAUUUGAUCAACAUCAAUCAGAGAAAUUUUUGCCAUUUUCAAUCGGUUUUCGUUCUUGUAUUGGGCAACAUUUUGCUAUGUUAGAAGCUAAAAUCAUGUUAUCAAUGAUUAUUCGACGAUUUCAUAUCGAACUUAUACCUGGGCAAAAAUAUGUACCAGAUAUUGCCAUCACAUUAAGGUGA